GUAUACAAGGUAGAAAGAGCAAAAGAUCAGCUAAAACAUAAUGGCUAAAAUUGUUUGUGGAUUUCUUCUCAUGCUUGCCAUGACUUAUGCCAUUCAACUUGUUAGUGCGGGUGGUGAAGGAUCACUUCGUCCUGAACAAUGUCCGGGAGCAUGUGACUAUCGUUGCUCUGCUACUCAAUACAGGAAGGCUUGUUUGACUUAUUGUAACUUGUGUUGUAAUAAAUGUUUAUGUGUCCCAUCAGGAACCUAUGGCCACAAGGAAGAAUGUCCAUGCUACAACGAUUGGAAAACCAAAAAAGGAGGACCCAAGUGCCCAUAAGUUCUCUUGUGUUUAUAUAUAUAUAUUAUCGGUCAUGCAUGUAUGAUGAAUUUCUAUGCUACUUAUAUUAAUAAAUUUUAUAUCACUAUUGAAGUUAUUAUUUCACU